AUGCAACUACCUAUAGUUAUUAUAGUAGUCAUAACUCAACAAUUUGGGUCAGUCAUUUCAACGGAAAUUCCAAAGCUAUUAUUUGUGAACGGCACAAGUUGUAAUAUGGUGGGACGGUUAGGAAUAGUGUCCGCGAGGAUGAUAAAGCGUAAAGGUGAUAGAUUUGAUUUAAUUUCAAAUCCGACUGGCGAUUAUCGCUUCACUUGGUUGGAAGGAUAUGACGUAUCCUUGUCCUAUUUUCGAGGAUUCGAUCCUUCUGAGUCCUGA